AUGGCGUUCAAUACCUUUCUUCGUCGUUGUUCUUCUCUUUCUGAAACCAAGAUCUCUUCUUUAUUCACAAAUUCAUGUAAAGUGACUGCAACCAUACGACAAGAUUCAGUAUAUAACGUUGAAAAUGUAUCGAGGCUUAAUAUAUUCCUUCGAAAAGACUGUAAACAAGGUAAUAUCACUGUUGAUGAAGCACGCUAUUUCUUUAGUGUAAUGAUUCAUAUGCAACCCAAACCACCGAUUUCAUCAUUCAACCGGUUGUUUGGAGCACUUGCUAAGAAGAAGUUUUAUGAAGACAUUAUUUUGCUUUACAAACGACUGGAUUCAAUGGGGUUGAUGCCAGAUUUAAUUACAUUAAAUAUUUUGAUUAAUUGUUUUUGUAAUAUGGGUCGAGUUCGUGAUGGUUUUGUUGUUUUUUGGAGAAUUUUGAGGGGGGGUUUUAACCCAGAUGCUGUGACUUUUACUUCUUUGAUUAAAGGUUUGUGUUUGGAGAAUAGGAGUUUGGAGGCUAUGGAGUUGUUCAAGAAAAUGGCUGUGUUUGGGGUCAGGCCUGAUAUUGUUUGUUAUGGUAGUAUUAUCGAUAGUCUUUGCAAAGAUGGGUUGAUAGAUGAAGCGAAAGAAUUGUUUUUGGAAAUGAAGAGUAGAGGAAUGAAGCCAAAUGUGGUUGUUUGUACCUCUCUAAUUUGCGGUUGGUGUUUUGUGGGAAAUUUGGAGGAGGCUGAGAGUUUGUUUGUUGAGAUGGGGGAUCAAGGUUUGCAGCCCAAUGUGGUUACGUUUACUACAAUGAUAAAUGGGCUUUGCAAGGAGGGGAAGAUGGAGGAAGCUAAUGGGUUGUUGGAAUUGAUGAGUCAAAGAGGUUUGCAGCCUGAUGUGGUGACGUAUACCACAAUGAUAAGUGAGCUUUGCAAGGAAGGCGAGAUGGAGGAAGCUAAUAGGUUGUUGGAAUUGAUGAGUCAGAGAGGUUUGCAGCCUGAUGUGGUGACGUAUACCGCAAUGAGAAGUGGACUUUGCAAGGAGGGCAGGAUUGAGGAAGCAAAUGGGUUAGUGGAGUUAAUGAGUCAAAGAGGUUUGCAGGCUUGCAGUCUAUGAUCUGAUCUUCUAGUCUUGACCUUUAUAAGUACCCAUAGGCUGAUUUGGUAUCUUUAUAUGUUCCAUCCUGCGAUCAUAAGUCCUGACAUAUAUAACCCUUUAUAUUAUUUUUAAGUUUUUUUGCUAAUUUCAAUUUGUUAUUGGUCACCUGAAUUCUUAUUCCUCUAAUUAUUUUAGCUCUUAUAUUUUGCAAUGUGCUCUGGAUAUUCUGAGAGUAUAAUGCCAUGAGGUAAAGAUGACACUUGAUAGUUUUUGCAAAUAUCUGCCGCUAGGUGUUUAACCCUGAAGGAAAAUUUUAGGAUAGCCAUUGAGGAAAUAGACAUUUUUUCUUUAUUUAAAUGCUCGUUUGCCCAAGUUCUCUCAAAGCAUGAAGCAAGAACUGCAACAUCCAAUGAUUAUUUUUGCUUUUAUGGAACUUGUCCAACUUGGUGUUUGCUCAAAUACUAUUAUAUCAUUGCUUUCCGACUGUAUUUUAGUCAAUCAUUGAAUACUUCUUGUCCUUUUACAAUGCAUGUCUUGACAAGUUAGAAAUAUCUGUGGCAUAUUCUCUUUACUGAAGUUCUUUAGUGGUGAUUGCAUGUUGUGGUCUUCUAUUUUCCUGUAAAUCAACAGACUUGAACACCUGAUACCACAAAAAUGUCAUUAUGUCACUGAUUGCUGAUGGGGGACCAGGGCUUCAUUGACUUCGUUUCUCAUUUGCUUGAAGUAAAUCUUAGGACAUAUCCUUCUGCAUCUGAUGCUCUGAAGCACCUAAUGCAAUCAUAGCCUUAGAAGUUCCAACCUAUAUCAGCUCGCACCAUCUGUAUUCGCUCAAAUUAAUUCAUGUUGUUGGUGACUUAUGAAGUAUGAUUUUCCUUUCCCAUAGACUUUGUAUUUCAGUUUUUCAUUAUCAAGAAUGUAAAUUUGUUCGUCUCAUGUAUUUGAGGGAUAUGUUCCUACUUCCUCGCUUUGUUUGAUAAGGUAGUAUAGGAAUCUCAUCAUGUCUUGUAGUACAUCAGGAGAAUUCUUCUUUCAUGUAUGAAGAAAUAUAUUUUCAGUAUCUUUGAAUAUGG